CCGGGGGUUGCGGGGAGUUAGUGACAGGCGCGUGCUUGGCCGUCGCCUGUGCCGCUUUGCUUGCGGGGACUCGAACCGGCGGCCGGAUAUUUUAGGAAGACGUGAUUUUCAAAGCUAAUUAUGAAAACAUUUGUCAUUGGAAUCAGUGGUGUGACAAAUGGUGGGAAGACAACACUCGCUAAGAAUUUGCAGAAACAUCUCCCAAAUUGCAGUGUCAUAUCUCAGGAUGAUUUCUUUAAGCCAGAGUCUGAGAUAGAGAUAGAUAAAAAUGGAUUUCUGCAGUAUGAUGUACUUGAAGCGCUUAACAUGGAAAAAAUGAUGUGCGCCAUUUCCUGCUGGGUGGAAAGAUCAAGACACUCUCCGGUAUCAACAGACUGGGAAAGUGCUGAGGAAGUUCCCAUUUUAAUCGUCGAAGGUUUCCUUCUCUUUAAUUACAAGCCCCUUGACACCAUAUGGAAUAGAAGCUAUUUUCUGACCAUUCCAUAUGAAGAAUGUAAGAGGAGGAGGAGUACCAGGGUCUACGAGCCUCCAGACCCCCCAGGGUACUUUGAUGGCCAUGUGUGGCCCAUGUAUCUAAAGCACAGACAAGAGAUAGAGGACGUCACAUGGCAAAUUGUUUACCUAGAUGGAACAAAAUCUGAAGAGGAUGUCUUUUCACAAGUGUAUGAAGAUCUAGUACAAGAACUAGCAAAGCAAAAGUUUAAGUAUUGUCCUGUCGAAGUGGAUGGUGAAGGAACAGCCAGGAAAAUGGUUCAUUGCAUACCCAAGAGUGGCAUAGCAUAAUGCUAAUGUGGGAGCGAUUAUAUUCAUUCAUCCAUUGCUUUGAAGAUAAUUCAGAAUCAGAGACUCUGAAUGGGUUUGGGGACUUGAUUAUUUUGUUUGUGAGUUUUUUAAGGGUAAAAAUGUUCACCCUUUGUUGCAUCUCUUACUAAUAUUUGUGUCAUUUAGUUCAAAUUUUUUAGUAGAUGGCUGUUACUUCAAUGGGAUUGAAGUUAUCCUUUGAACAGAGUGAAAUAAAAAUGCUGAUGAUCUUGUUUUCAUGU